UGUCUUUUCCUUCUACUUUGACAAUUAACAACCCCCCUCCCCCUCUCUCCUACUCUGUUUCUACAAGUGUUGAAUACGCACGCGCAUCAAAGAGUAUACAGGAAGGCAGAUUGAGAGAAAUGAAGGCGGUCAAAUGAUUGAUCCAGACAUGCCAGCUGAUCAAAUCGCCCCCAAGAUUGAGCCUGCAGCCGCCGAAGAAGAUGCUCAAGAAGGACGACAGCUGCGCGAUAGACGUCGAAUCCAAGCGCCAGACCGAUAUGGCGUGCCUAUCGCUUACCUCGCCGAUGUAAAAGAGAUGACUUUUGACGAAGCUAUAUACAUGAAGAUUCAAUAUACAUGAAGCGAACUCUUCCAGUGUACCUGCUGAACCAGAAACUUCUAGCCUAAAAGAAUGAUUACUGUUUACGAAUGGGAAAAUGUAUUUAUUGUCUUUCAAUGGAGACGCCGAAGAGGUGUAUAGCAAUCGACACAGGCGAGUUGAUAAAAAUUACAUCACAUUAAGAGAAGGAUGGCAUUUUCUGACUCGCACUUUGCUUUUUUACACUACUACCUCAAGUGAUUUUAUGUAGAUUAGGCAACAUCAUAUCUUCGUCUAUGCGUGGUACUCAGUGGUCAAGGAACACGUACAGAUUAUUUAAGGACGUGACGGAAGGUUGUCUACUCAACUGCCAGUUCAUGAAGCAUGACUCAUGACUUUGGCUUUCGCUGGUUCCAUUUGGAUGACGCUAGUCACACUUAGUUGUGCACUUUCAGCAUACAGCAGGAACGUGAACGUGAGCACCUGGAGCUAGGCAGUCAUUGUGCUCAAAAUAAAGCCAGUGUGACCUCAAGCCUGUCAAUUGAGUCUCGAGCUCAGCUUUAGUAUGUCGAUACGUUUAAGUAGAUUACUAUAUAAAAAUGGAUGUCGGUGAAUGUGACCAUUGCGAAAACAUUGUAAGCUUAACAUACCUAGAUUUACUUGUGUUACAAAAACCAUAAUGGAGCAGGAUAAACAGGUCAAUAUCAUACAUCAUUGGCGAAUUUUAUCAAAUGUAAUGAGAAGAAUGAAUACUUUUAAGAUGAUACGUUUACGAGGAAAGCAAUCAAAUACUGCUAAGUACUAUUUUGAUUGUCAUAUCUAUUACCACGAUGGCAGAGGAAGUAGUACCAUCUUUCGCUGCAAAGAAAAAAAUUGUUCUGGCAGUGUAGCAAGGGUGUAUGUAGAACAUUUUAAUAAUUUGGAUCACCCAGAAGUUGUUUAUGAGCACAACCAUGAUAAAGAUGAUAAUGUAUUGUUAAAAGAAGAUUUUAAGGAAGAACUAGAAAUGUUGGCUCGAACUACAUUCGACGAUUUCAGAGAUAUUUUUGAUACAGUUCGUAGAAAAGAACAAUAUGCCCCGAUACGUGUCGAAGUGAAGUAUUCGACUUACCAAUCCAGAAUGCGGACCGAACGAUUAAAUAACGUACCACCCGUUCCUCAAACUUUGGCAGGAUUAGCUAAUGUUUUGGCAGAUUAUCCACCCGUGAGAAACUAUUAUAGAGGAUGUGCACGGGGAACAUAUGGUUCGAUUGGUCUCGUUUUUAUUCACGAUAGUAUGCUUGAGCCCCUAUCAAGGUGCAGACAAUUAUACGCUGAUGGGACCUUUAAAAUAAGGCCAAGGAAACCCCACUGUGCGCAGGUGUUUAUCGUUCACUUUCGAAAGAUGAAUACAAGAUUUCCUGCCAUUUAUGUUCUUGCGAGUUCAAGAACCACUGCCAUGUACAAUGCUAUAUGGGAUAAAGUUUUUGAAACCGUUCCCAACUUAAGAAGAAAUAUCCUAUCUGUAAUGGGUGAUUUUGAAAGAUCUCACAUAAACAGUGGUCGUGAGAAAUUUCCAACUGCAACUAUUUCCGGUUGUGAAUUUCACUAUAAGCAGGCUUUAGCAAAAUCUUGGAACGAAAAUAUCCCUAUGGAAUUCGAGUACAUCCUGGAGAGGGCUUAUGCGGUAGCACAUUUGCCUCCAGACAAAGUUGGAGAAGGAUUUAUGCACAUCACUAGCCUUGUUGAUAAUGUAGCAAAUGGAAAUGGCGUUAAUCCAGCUAUACUACAAAAGCUGCAAGAUUUUGCAGCUUACCUAAGAAGAUAUUGGCUACCACUUGCUGAAGUAUUGUCAGUCUUCCAAAAACCCGUUAGGUCCAAUAAUACUUGUGACAAUUUUCACUUAUAUGCAGCAAAGAAAAUGGGAAUACGUUCCAACGUUUAUAGAAUGUUAGACGGAAUGGGGGCUCAAAUGAAUAAGACAGCAGCGAAUAUUGAAUGGUUGAACGAGGUCUUAUAGUAACAGUUCAGCGACCAGCGCGUCUCGUAGAAGCUGACUUGGCUAUACAGCGAACUGAAAAUGAAUUUCUAUUGGGGCGUUAUGAUGUGGAAGAGUAUCUAACGCACAUUGCUGGUUUGAGGCGUUAUCAUUUUGCAAGAGUACACGAAUACAAUGAGCGGAUUCGGCGGCCUCAACGAAGAGCGAAUGAAGAACAUGAAGAAGACGAAGAAGAAGAAGGCGAAGAAGAUGAACAAGAAGACAACGAAGAUAAUGUACACUUUGAGAUAAAUGACAUCGCAUAUCUGAGAAACGAACUGAAUCCUGAAGCUGGACCUGG